AUGUCUUCUGAAAUAACUAAAAUACAAACACCUAAUAAUAUGUCUUUCGAAUUAAAUAUGCCUGAUAAUAUGUCUUUUGAAAUAAAUACAUCCUAUAAUAAUAUGUUUUUCGAAUUAACUGAAGAUACAACCAAUGAAUUAGCUGAAAUAGAAAUAGUUAAUAUGUCUUUUGCAAUAGCUGAGACAGAAAUGUCCAAUUAUCGGUUAGAAAAUCCAGAAAUAACAAGAGAAAGUUAUUCCCGAAAAAUGGUACCAAAAACUACUUACCUUGCAGGUAGAACAACUAAAAGUGCACAUGAACGUAGAAAUCAUCUUAGAAGAGAAGCUUAUGUAUGCAAAAAG